AUAUCGUCUGCAACGUUGACGUUUGUCAACAUUUGUUGACGUUGUCAUUAACCUCAUCAUACUCAAAAGCCUUAAAUGAAAGCUACGGAAGCACAAUUUCAGAUCAGUUUAUAAUUGUAAAAUGCAAUGCAUUUGACAUGUUGUCGACAACAUUUAAAGAUGCUUUAGCAACGUCGGCAUCUAUUUGCACAGUUUUACAAUUUUUGGCAGGAACAUUAGUUUGCCGCAAGUUCGUAAAAAAUGGUACUACGGGAGAUGCUUCUGGUUUGGCCUUCAUAAGCUGUUUCAUGUCAUGUAGUCACUGGUUAUGUUACGGUUUACUGAGAGAUGACCCGUUCAUAGUUAUGGUGAACAGUUUUGGUGCAGCGCUUCAAUUAUGUUAUGUCGCCAUGUACACGCUUUACAGCGUGAAAAAAUCUACAAUACUAAAGCAAUUUGUUGGAGCAAUGACAUUCGUCACUAUCGUUUACAUCUACAGUAUUUUUGAACCGGACAGAGCUUUGGCUUCACAAAGAAUAGGCUUCCUUAGUUGCAGUUUGACCAUUCUCUUCUUCGCAUCUCCUUUAACAAUGUUGGUAAGUCUGAUUAAAGCCAUUUGA